AAUCAGCAUUGAUCAGUCGGAGCACACCACGCGAUGGCAAGUCUGCCGUGUCCAAAAUUUAACACUGUGGGCUUCAGGACGGCACUCCUUGGACUACCGCUCACCAUCAUUUUGAGCCUUCAGCAGGCCUUAUGCUGGGCGGGGGCCAGGAGUCCUGUCUUGCGAAGGCGUGUAGCCUUGCCUGCCGCGCUCAUAGAUAUUCCGACUGUGGAGGAGUUAGAUGACAUGUAUCCCGACCUGUAUCGGACGGGUCUGGCAGUCUUGGCGAAGGGGGAGAACUGGGCAGCGGUCUACAACCCCUCGGGUGCCACGGCGCAUUGGCACAAGGAGAUCACAGAACGAGAAGGCUUGACGCUCAUGGGCCGCGCCAAGCGAACCUUCUGGCGGAAGCUGCACCUCCUGGGGCGGCUGGACCGCACGGUGAGCGGGAUCACGUUGCUGGCCUUCGAUGCUGAGACCGCAGAGGCUUUCGAGUCCGUCAACAAGUCAAGGACCUACUAUGCGCUCUGCCGAAAUAGUGGGGAGUUCUUCUUUGACCGAGGCGAGUUUGCGGUCAACCGGCCCUUGAAGGACAAGAGAGCGUUUGGAAAGCCUUGCAGCGACACGAUGAAGGAGAGCCACACUGACGUCCAAGUGCUUUUUGGUAGCAAGGACCCCAACUGCUGUUUGGUCCGUGCCAAGCCGACCACUGGGCGCUACCACCAAAUCCGUCGGCAUCUUCGAAACAUCAGCCUGCCCGUCCUUGGAGACACGUACUGCAAGAAGAAAACUCGGCAGUAUUUUGCCUCCCAUGGUGUGGAGCUUCCUCGCCGGGUUCUUCUUCACUUGUCUAGCCUAUCGGUGCCUGCCACCGCGAAGACCCCGAAGAUCCAUGUCACUUGCCCACUGCCUCCCAACUUCCAAGCCUUGAUUCGUUCCUCGUUUCCUAGUUGGGCAGCUGAGGCAGAAGCUGCAUUGCCGGAGCUCUUCAUGCCACCGCCACCCAACUUGCUAGAUCUGCGAGCGCAAGAGCUUUCGCGUCCUCGGACAAAGUCAGGUCUGUGGAGCCGCUUGAAGGACUGGUUCCGCUGGUGGCCAUUGAGGCGGCAGAGCUCUCAAAGCUUGGCGCGAAGGUUCUGAAGACAUCGUCGCCAUUCGCUGGGCUGGAGCCACACUGAGAGCGCGGUGGAGGGCU